AAAAUCCUGACGGAUGAGACUCCGCUGAAAGACUACGAAAUGGACGAAAAGAAGUUCGUUGUGGUGAUGAUCGCCAAACCCAAGCAACCGACCACUCCUUCCACGCCCACAGACACCACCUCAACGGCUGUCCCGUCGACCGCUUCCACGACUACAGCGACGGCCAGCUCUCCGCCGAAAGAAGAGGCGCCUAAGACGGAGGCGACCCCAUCGACAACCGCCGCCUCUUCGACGGCGCCCUCGUCUGCGGAGUCGACGAUUGUGUUGGGAGAGGACUACCAGAAGAUGGUGAAGCAGAUCAUGGAAAUGGGGUACGAGAAGGAGGCGGUCGAGCGGGCACUGAGGGCCAGCUUCAACAACCCGGACAGAGCUGUCGAGUAUUUAGUGACGGGUUUCCCGACGGAACUCUCGGAGGCUCAGCCCCCGGAGGCGCCCGAAGGAGUGGUUGGCCCACCCGUGGAGUCGUCGGGCGGCGAAGAGAAUCCGCUGGAGUUCUUGCGAACUCAGCCGCAGUUCCAACAGAUGCGUCAAGUGAUCCAACAGAACCCCCAACUGCUCAACGCUGUUAUGCAACAGAUCGGCCAAAACAACCCACAACUCCUGCAACUCAUUACACAAAACCAGGAGGCGUUCGUUCGCAUGCUUAACGAGCCGUCGGCCGCCUCGGCCACAGCUACCGCUACGGCCACCUCUGGGGGCGGCGGUGGCGGAGGACAGGCGGGCGCUGCCGGACAACCAAAUCGAUUGGACGAACUGAUUGGGUCGGCACAAGUGACGCCACAGGACAAGGAGGCCAUCGAUCGGUUGAAAGCGUUAGGAUUCCCGGAAUAUCUUGUGGUUCAGGCAUACUUCGCAUGUGAUAAGAAUGAGAAUAUGGCCGCCAAUUUCCUCCUCUCCCAAGGAUUCGAUGACUAAUAGUUUAUACGAUAAAAAUCUUUUCUCUUAAAAUCGUUUUCUUGUUUAAAAAGACAUCGCUUUUCUAAAAACAACAAAAUUGUCACUAAAUAGAGAAAUGCCUAUAAUUUCUUAACUACAAUACAAAUUUCAAUAACAA